AUGGCGGCUGGCCAGAAUGUUCCAAAGCUGGGCGGCUAUGAUUUCGAGUUUACAAGUGAAGUUCCUAACGAUUUUGAAUGUCCCGUGUGUCAGUUAACAAUAAAAGAUCCCAUACAGAUUAUAGGAUGUGGCCACAGACUUUGUAAGAUCUGCUCAGAGAGCUUGUUGAGGAGCCAUUCUCCGAAAUGUCCAAUUGACAGAGAACCCCUGUCGCGUGAGAAGAUAUUUCCAGAUUCCGCUUGUCAUCGUAAAAUUCUGGAUCUUACUGUUAAAUGUCCUCACGUCGGCUGUCCUUGGACGGGAGAACUUCGUGCUGUGCAGAAACAUCAGGAGCAAUGCCUGUUCAAAAUGGUGGAGUGUCCAAAUACAGGAUGUAAAGAGAAGCUCACCAGGCGAGAUAUGAACAAUCACAAGAAAAGGGAAUGUAUCUGGAGGACUGACAGUUGUGAAUAUUGUCAAGGAUCCUAUAUCGUAAAAAACAGGCAGCAUCAUCAUAGCGUUUGUCGAAAGUUUCCAGUUAAAUGUACCAACAAUUGUACUCUGGAGAAUAUUCCACGAGGAAAGCUGGUGGCUCACAUUCGUGAUGACUGUCUUUUAACUGAAAUUCAUUGUAAAUACAAGAACUUAGGAUGCCAAGAAGUGUUUCAAAGAGUUAGAACCAAAUCUCACUUGGAAUCACACCUGGAAAGCCACUUGAACUUAGCUCUUUGCAGUCUUGAGAUCAUUCAGAAUCAGGUUAAAGAGCAGUCGAAGCAGAUUGAGAGAUUGACGUCUACCUUCAACGAUCAGAUAGACAGUUUGAUGGCCAAAAAUGUAGAACAAUCACAGCAGUUGAAUGAUCAGUCGCAGCAGAUAGACAGAUUGAUGGCCAAAAAUGUACAACAGUCACAGCAAUUGAAUGAUCAAUCACAGCAGAUAGCCAGUUUAAUGUUCACUGUGCAGGGUCUGGUGCAGCAGAGGGGAAGACUGAAGGGCCACUAUCAAUAUCAAGCUAUACAAGUGAAGAAAACGACCGACGAAGCCAUUGGCGGACCAAACCAGAAAGGGGCAACUAAUGUCAGGGUUCAAGGGGGUGAUACUAUGAAGCAGGACUUCAAGCCUAAAUCAACCAAAGCUAUCGAAGUAGGUAUGAAGGUAUUGUUCAACCUUUUCCCUUAUGAAUAUCGAGGAACAGUCAAGUACGUCGGAUUUGUACCUGAACUAAAUGGAUAUCGUGUCGGCGUAGAGGUGGAUCCAGAUCAACCUGAAGUGUUUUGCUUCAGCGGUAACGACGGAACAAUGCAUGGAAAAAGAUACUUUACCUG